AUGACCGAGCCCUCGUCCGCCGACAAUGGCGGCGGCAUCGUAGGCCGCGUCCGGGGCGCGUCCCUCUCCAUCAUGAACGCGAACCCGCAAUUGGGCAUGUGGCAGGCCGCCGGCACAGCAAUCGCCCAGGCGCCGAAUCUCACCGAGCUCCGCGACCCCGAAUCCGGCGGCGACAACAUCGCCUUCACGGCGCAGGGCCACUCGGCGCGCUACGCCGUCCAGGAACCCCACGGCGACCUGGCGCUCAUCCGAUCCAACACGAGCCGGCGCGCGUCGACGUUUUCUAUUAAUGGGCAAUCGUCUGCCGGUGGGCGAAACGUGUUUAACGACAAAUCAGAAAAUAUCAGAGAAACGGACGAACCCGCUGUGCUGAAUGAGACUUCGGACGAAGCACGGCCGGGGACGGGGACGCAUGAUGAGAGCCUGCUGCCCAGCGAGGGUCAGCAGUUCCAGCGGCGACAGAGUCUGUAUCAGAAGCACGCGGCGGAGGAGAAGGCGCCGUGGAAGACGACCAUUGCCAAUGGGUUGAAGGCAUUUUGGAAGUUCUUCCUCACGCCGUCAGGGUUUGUCAUCACCAUCUACUGCUUGAAUAUUGUCGCCUGGGGAGCCAUGCUCUUCUUCCUCCUCCUCAAGGCCGCACCAGCAAUGAACUACCCAACCGCCGACGACGAUAACUCACCCCGCAAGAAGUGGCUCGAAAUCUCCAGUCAGAUCCUCAACGCCCUCUUCUGCGUAACGGGCUUCGGUCUCGCGCCCUGGCGCUUUCGCGACCUGUACUGGUACAUCCGCGCCGUCAACUUCAAGAACCAGGCGGCGAUGCUCAAGCUCGCGGCGCAGAAUAAGAGCUGGUUCCGGCCGCCUGCGUGGGCUCUUCAGGGCGAGAAAGCGCCUGAGACGUUUACCGGCCAGGUCGCGCCGCCGACGGCGCUGUGGAAGCUGGGGUUCACGAUUUGGAUGAUGGUUUGGAAUACGUUCUUGCAGGCUGUGUUGUGCUAUUUCAUGUGGGGAUACAACCGACUUGAUCGACCUUCAUGGGCUACUGGCACCUUCAUCGGCUUGGGAUGCGGUGUCGCUAUGCUUGCCGGUCUCAUGUCCUGGUGGGAAGGCCGGAAGGUGAAGCAGAUUGAAGGACCAGAGGUCAAGGUCGUUGAAGGAGAGCCCGGAGAGGUGUAA